AUGGACCUCCUCAGUACGCUGAAAGAAGAAAUGGCAAGAAAGCGCAAGCGGAUUGCCGAACUAGAAGUGAAAGUAGACGGCAAGAAAUUCAUUAGAGGUGCUGAUUUAGUUGCCAAGCAAGAGGAAGAGUAUCGAGAAAAGCAAAAACUCAAGCACACCAAUCAUCAAGAAACAAAAGAGGAAGAGAGCACCAUUGCGCAUUCGUCUUCCGAAGGAGAUCAUACUUUUGAAACAGCAGUUCCCGAUGAAAUACCUUUGGCUGAGGUCCGCAAACGGCUGCGAGACCGCGGGCAACCGAUACUUCUGUUUGGAGAAGAUGAGUCACAAGUCCGAGCACGAUUACUCAAACUAGAAAUUGAACAGCCGGACAUGAAGGAAGGUUGGAAAAACGAAAUGCAGACGGCUAUGCGAGACGUCGACGAGGAGCUCGUCAAGGAAGUAAUCGAAGGAUCUUCAAAUGACCCGAACAAGCAUGACGUUGAUUAUUCAGCAUCAUUCAAUGACAACUGGGAGAAGAUUGAAGAGCAGGCUACCUUGCUAGGUCUCGGUGAGACGAUUAAAAGCAUUUUUAUGAGCAUUCUCAUUAUCGGUUAUCAUGCU